GCGGAGCUCAUAUAAAUUGGCGCUAUCAUUUAUUUCUUAUCCUUCUCCGCUACCCAAGAGAAAGAUAGGGAGAAAAUGGUUUCUCUUAAGCUGCAGAAGCGACUAUCAGCCAGCGUUCUAAAGUGUGGAAAAGGAAAGGUUUGGCUCGAUCCAAAUGAAGUCAACGAAAUCUCCAUGGCCAACUCCCGCCAGAACAUAAGGAAGUUGGUUAAAGAUGGUUUUAUCAUCAGGAAGCCAACCAAGAUUCACUCUCGAUCUCGGGCUCGUCGCAUGAAGGAGGCCAAGAGAAAGGGACGUCACUCUGGUUAUGGUAAGCGCAAGGGUACAAGGGAGGCAAGGUUGCCUACAAAGAUCUUGUGGAUGAGGAGGAUGCGUGUUCUCAGGCGCUUGCUUCGUAAGUACAGGGAAUCAAAGAAGAUUGACAAGCAUAUGUACCAUGACAUGUACAUGAAAGUCAAGGGUAAUGUGUUUAAGAACAAGAGAGUACUCAUGGAGAGCAUCCACAAAUCUAAGGCUGAGAAGGCCAGAGAGAAGACUUUGGCUGACCAGUUUGAAGCUAAGAGAGCUAAGAAUAAGGCAAGCAGGGAAAGAAAAUUUGCUAGGAGGGAGGAACGUCUGGCACAGGGGCCUGGAGAAAGAGAUAAGCCAGCUGCAGCACCUCCUGCUGCCGCUGCUGCUCAACCAGUUGGUGGUUCAAAGAAGUCCAAGAAGUAAGGUGGCCUCCGGAAGAUCAGUGAAGAACUUUUGAGCCAUGAAUUUAGAUUUGAACCUGUCUAAGUAGUUUCUUGUCGAGCUGUUUUUUGAUUAAUAUGAACUUGUUUAAGUUGGAUCAAGGUUUAUGAUUUUGUUCUCACUUUCCCGGCUCUUUUGUUUUCCUAUUUUUGACGUUUAUUUUAUUUUGGCAAUGGUUUUAUAGCUUAAAUCACUCGUCCAUAAAUGCACCUGUAAAACAUUCGUUGUCUUUCUGACUUUGAGGUGUUUAUGGAUUUAAUCAUAUUAGUAUUCUAUAAUAAUUGCUCUAUGUUUGGUA